CGCAGUACUAAAAAUGCCUCCAAAGAUUGAUCUUGAGCCUUAUAAAGAUGAGAUUCUUAGUUGGGUCUCUGAGAAGCACACGAUCCCUGAGAUUUUAAGUAAAAUAAGAGGAAUUCUACGGGGGAUGCCCCUCUACCGCCGACAGCUUGCGCAAUAUAGGCUAGAUCUUAGUCUUAUUCGGAGGAUAAUAAUAGAGGAGAGGAAGCAGAAGUACUAAUAGCUUAUAGGUAUCGUGCGAGAGGAGCUAGACUAUGGGGGGAUUAAAGGCUAUAGAGCAGGCUUGAUUAAAACAUACUUCCGUUAAAUAGAGGUUA